AUGGACACUCACAAAAAGGAACAGAUUUGCAAACUAACUAAAUCUCUAUAUGGCUUGAAACAAGCAAGCAGACAAUGGUUUGAAAAGUUGUCUUCUUACCUGAUUUCUGUUAACUACAAACAAUCAAAAUCUGAUCACUCAUUAUUUACUAAAAGAACAGAUACUUGCUUUACUGCCUUGCUUGUCUAUGUGGACGACAUUGUUUUGGCAGGAAAUUCAAUGGAGGAAAUCACAUACAUCAAAGAGCUCUUACAUAAUAAAUUUCGCAUAAAGGACCUUGGAGAACUCAAGUACUUUCUUGGACUAGAAGUUGCUAGAUCUAAGAAAGGAAUUCACCUAUGUCAAAGGAAGUAUGCCUUAGACAUACUUGAAGAAACAGGAAUGGAAGGGUGCAAACCUUCUACUACACCCUUCCUUAGAGACACAAGUCCUCUGUACAAAUCAGAUAGUCACCUUAAUGAUCCUGGACCUUACAGACGUUUAAUAGGGAAGUUACUCUACAUUACCAAUACCAGACCUGAUCUAUGCUAUACAAUCAACUUACUUAGUCAAUUUAUGCAGGCACCUACAGAACACCACUAUCGGGUCGUUCAACAUGUGCUUAGAUAUAUCAAAUCUACACCCAAUGAAGGUCUUUAUUUUUCUGCUGACUCUCUUAUGCACUUAAAAGGUUUUAGUGACUCCGAUUGGGCCACUUGCCCAAAUACUAGAAGAUCAACCACAGCUGAGUAUAGAGCCAUUGCUGCCACUGUAUGUGAAAUACAGUGGCUCCACUAUCUAUUACAAGAUCUUCAAAUUGAAGAAUCCAGAAUUCCUGCCCUAUAUUGUGACAACAAGUCUGCUCACCACAUCGCUCAUAAUCAGAGCUUUCACGAACGCACCAAGCAUAUUGAGCUUGACUGCCACGUUGUUCGUGAAAAACUCCAAGACGGUCUUCUGCACCUUCUCUCAGUAUGCUCUGACGAACAAUUGGCCGACGUUUUUACGAAGUUCCCUCAUCGUGUUAACUUUCAGAAAAUUAUUCCCAAGCUUGGACUGGUUGAUAUACACCGUCCAGCUUGA